AGCGUGAAGGUUGUGAUUAUCAUGUGACCGGGAUAUUCUCGUCCAGCUCGCGGUUGUUAUUUCAGUCAAAAUGUCGUUCUGCUCUUUUUUCGGGGAGGAAAUCUAUAAAGACCAUUUCAAACCCGGAAUAUAUGUGUGCUCCCAGUGUGAACACCCACUGUUUUCGAGCAGGUCUAAAUAUCCCCAUUCGUCGCCCUGGCCUGCGUUCACAGACACCGUCCUAAAGGACAGUGUGACUAAAAUUAUGCAGUCCCACACAGCCUACAAGGUUCUUUGUGGCAAGUGUGGAAAUGGACUAGGCCAUGAGUUUGUGAAUGACGGCCCAGAGGAAGGUUUAUCACGCUUCUGAAUAUUUAGUCACUCGCUGACGUUUGCCCCGAAAGAUAAUUAAGCGAUAAGGCUGGCGAAUGCUAAUGUGAGGAGUGGGGGGUGUGAAGAUGUUCAGUAGCUGCUGAUGUUCGUGCACUAUUGGAUGCCUACUGCUUGAAGCGCACAGGGAAAAGCCCAGUGGGGAGCUUGUGCCCGGAUGUUUGUGGCCAUCCUGUUUUCAUGAAAAAAAUGAAGCAAUAAAUAUUUUUAGUAAAAAUAAAUAUAUUCAUGUGUUAAACAGUUGUUAUAACUUAUUACAUAUAAAAUGUAAUUUUAAAUAUUCAACGUUUUCUGGAAACGUGGACACAAAAUUAUUAAUGUUCUCAGGUUGUGUACUCAUGUAAGUUUAACGUAUUAUAGUUUGAUUCUGGGUUUUUACUUGUCUCCGUCUAGGCAUUAAUACUGAACAACUGUGUUGCACUUUAUAGGUAAAUGAAAUGUAUUCGUUGUAUGCUUUUUUCUUUAAAGAAUGUCGUUUUGUUGUCCAUUUUCUCGCUGUUUGACUGUAACGCCUAUAAAUAAUUUUUGUAACGAUAAAAAGGGGCACCUUGGUAAGUCGACCAUUACCUCCACUUCACGCAUUUUGCCUCCAUUACUAAUCAAUAAAAAUACUUUAAGACAUA